AUGUCAGGCUACUACGGUCCCUCAUUCUCCAGACCGCCUUCAAGGCCCAACUCACUGGCCGCGUCCAGGGCCAACUCGAUAGCCCAGUCCCGAAACAACUCCUUCGUGGCGUCGAGGAACAAUUCCUUCGUAGCAGCAAGCACACCCGCCACUCCACGGGCUCAUUCUACUGCUGCCACGACACCGCACGCCUACCUCUCCCGGGCUAACAGCAAGGACAACGACAAGGAAGAAGAUGGUGCCGAUACUCCUGAUUACAACUCAGAGGUGAUCCGCAAUGAGCAGGGCGAACCCGUGAUCGGGAGAGUUGUCGGUGGAAAGCAUGUCAGCGAAGGGAACAACGACGUCGAUGCGGACUGCGGCCCCAUCAAGACGGUCGACAUUGAUAUGCCACUGACCCUCACCGAGACAGUCAAGCACAACGACAAGGAGUACAUCGUUCUCACCUUUGCCACCGGCGACAGGGAGAACCCUUUCAACUGGAAUCCUUGGUACAAGCGCAGCAUCACCACCAUGCUCAAUCUCAUGACGCUCUUCAUCGGUCUCGCAACCACAGCCUACUCUUCAGGCAUCAACAGUAUGUGCGAAGAGUUCGGCGUCGGCAGUCUCCAGGGCCAAUGGGGUCUGUUCACUUUCAACAUGGCUUGUGCCGUUGCGCCCAUGGUCCUUGCUCCUUUCUGCGAGCUUGUCGGUCGCAAGAUCGUCUACGCUUCCUCUUUCCUGUGCUUCUCGCUACUUUUCAUCGGGCUUGCGCUCGCCCCAGACAUCAACACCAUCAUCGGCCUUCGUCUCCUUCUUGGUCUUUUUGGCUGUGUCGGUACCAUCUUGGUUGGAGGUACAUUCGACGACAUGUACCCGGCUGAGAAGCGUGGUCGACCUAUGGCUAUGUUCAGUUUCGUUGCCAUUUUCGGUACCGUUUCCGCACCCAUCUAUGCCGGUUUCAUCGACCAGGCCAUUGGAUGGCGUUGGAUCGAAGGCAUCCAAGGCAUUGCUAACGUGCCCUUGCUCAUCGCCAUCUUCCUCGCUUUCCCCGAGACUCGCGGUGGUGUCUGCCUUCACAAGCGCGCGGUCGCACUCCGCAAAGCGACAGGCGACGAGCGCUACGUGGCCGAAGACGACAUCUACACGCCUGACGUCCAGUCCAUGUUGAAAGCUUCGUCCGUCAAGGCCAUCCGUAUGCUAGUCACCGAGCCUGUCGUUUUCGCCUUCGGCAUGUGGAUUGCCUUCUGUUGGGCCGUAGUGUUCCUGUUCCUGUCCGUCAUCCCUAUCACCUUCUCCGAAAAGCGCGGUUGGAACGAGGGCGUCGCAGGCCUGCCGUACAUUUCGCUCGCCAUUGGCACGUUCCUCGGCUGGGCAGCGCACCACUUGCAGAUGCGCAAGUACAAUAAGCUCCAAGCCGACCCUGCCGUCCAAGUGGUGCCCGAGCACCGCCUCUACGGAGCCAUGUUCGGCGCCGUCUGGCUCCCCGUCGGUCUGUUCAUCUACUCCUUCACCCAGUACGGAUACAUUCCCUGGAUCGCGCCGACCAUCGGCCUCGCACCCAUCGCGUUCGGCAUCUUCUUCGUCUUCGAGUCGACAUACAGCUACACCGCUGACUGCUACGGCGAGUCCUCAUCGUCUGCCAUCGCGGGCCAAGGUCUCAUGCGCAACACCCUCGGCGCCGUGACCCCACUCUUCGCCAGCGCCUUCUUCCACAACGUCGGCAGCCAGUACGCGGGCCUGAUCCUCGCCCUGUUCGGCACCUUGCUUAGUCUCAUCCCUUUCGUCAUGUUCAAGUACGGACACCAGCUGCGCGCGCGGAGUAAGCUGGCUCAAGAAUUUGGCGGCAAGUAG